AUGGCGGACGCCGCGGAGUGCGGGGUGAAGGUGAUGUGUCGCUUCAGACCGCUGAACGACGCGGAGCGCGGCCGCGGAGACAAAUACAUCCCCAAGUUUAACGGAGAGGAGACGGUGGUGGUGGCGGGGAAGCCCUAUGUGUUUGACCGGGUCCUCCCUCCGAACACUGAACAGGUUCAGGUGUACGACACCUGCGCCAGACAGAUCGUUAAAGAUGUGUUGGGAGGAUACAACGGGACGGUCUUUGCUUACGGUCAGACGUCAUCAGGAAAGACUCACACCAUGGAGGGGAGUCUUCACGACCCUCGUCUGAUGGGAAUCAUCCCUCGUAUCUCCAGAGACAUCUUCGACCACAUCUACUCCAUGGACGAAAACCUGGAGUUUCACAUCAAGGUCUCAUAUUUUGAAAUCUAUCUGGAUAAAAUCAGAGACUUACUGGACGUGUCAAAGACCAACCUGGCUGUUCACGAGGACAAAAACAGGGUUCCUUUUGUGAAGGGCUGCACGGAGCGUUUUGUUUCCAGUCCUGAUGAAGUGAUGGACGUCAUCGACGAGGGAAAAGCCAACCGACACGUCGCCGUCACCAACAUGAAUGAGCACAGCUCUCGCAGUCACAGUAUUUUUCAGAUCAACAUCAAGCAGGAGAACAUGGAGACGGAGCUGAAACUGUCGGGGAAACUUUACCUGGUCGACCUGGCAGGAAGCGAGAAGGUGAGUAAAACUGGAGCUGAAGGCGCCGUGUUGGACGAAGCCAAGAACAUCAACAAGUCUCUUUCUGCUCUGGGGAACGUCAUCGCUGCUCUGAGUGAAGGAACAAAAACCCACGUCCCGUACCGAGACAGUAAGAUGACUCGGAUCCUGCAGGACUCUCUGGGAGGAAACUGUCGAACCACCAUCAUCAUCUGCUGCUCUCCUUCCAUUUACAACGAGGCGGAGACCAAGUCCACCCUCAUGUUCGGACAGAGAGCUAAAACCAUAAAGAACACAGUAUCUGUGAACCUGGAGCUGACUGCUGAGGAGUGGAAAAAGAAGUACGAAAAGGAGAAGGAGAAGAACAGGAGUCUGAACAUCAUCAUACAGAAACAAGAGAACGAGCUGAAACGCUGGAGGAAAGGUGAGUCUGUACCUGUGGAGGAGCAGCUGAGCAGCAGAAACAAGAAAAGCAGCAGUGAGACAACAGCAGUGAUGGACAGCACUGCCCCGCCCCCUGUCCCUCUGUUAGACGAACAGAAGAAGCAGUACGAGACGCUUAUCACUGACCUGUAUCACCAGCUGGACGACAAGGAUGAUGAGAUCAACCAUCACAGUCAGACGGCCGAGAAACUUAAACAGCAGCUGAUUGAUCAGGACGAGCUGUUGGUGUCGAGCCGUCAGGACUAUGAGCGCGUGCAGGAGGAGCUAUCGCGACUGCACAGGGAUAGUGACGCGGCCAAAGAGGAGGUGAAGGAGGUGCUGCAGGCGCUGGAGGAGCUUGCCGUCAACUACGACCACAAGAGCCAAGAAGUGGAGACCAAGAACCACUGCAACGAUCAGCUGAACGAGGAGCUAGCACACAAAACUGCGAGUCUGGAGGUGGUACAGAGGGAGCUGUCCACCCUGAAUGAAGUCAGUUCUCAUCAUAAGAAGAGGUCAGCAGAGAUCCUCAGUCUGCUGCUCAGAGACCUUAGUGACAUCGGCAGCCUCCUCGGUACCACCGACCUCAAAGCUAUGACCGAAACGAGCGGAGUGAUGGAGGACGAGUUCACCACUGCUCGUCUCUACAUCAGUAAGAUGAGGACUGAGGUAAAAUCUCUGGUGAACCACAGCAAACAGCUGGAGGUCGACCUGACAGAGAACAUCUGUAGGAAGGAGGCCAAUGAGAAGGAGCUCAACACUUGUCAGCUGCUCGUCUCUCAGCUCCAGGCGAAGAUUGUGUCUCUGACAGAAGACCUGCAGAGGUUGGAGCAGAAGAAGAGGAAGCUGGAGGAGAGUCAGGACGGCCUGAUGGAGGAGGUUGCCAAACUCCACGCUCAAGGUCAAAUGCACGAGGUGACGGUGAUGGACAAAGAGAAAGAACACAUGAACCGACUGAAAGAUGCUGUUGAGAUGAAGACAACUCUUGAGGAACAGAUGGAGAACCACAGAGAAGUUCAUCACAAACAGCUGAGUCGCCUCCGUGAUGAGAUCGAGCAGAAGCAUAGAGACGUCGACCAACUCAAAGAUGUGAAUCAGGCUCUGCAGCUGGAGAACCGGAAGCUUCAGUCUGACUUUGACAAACUUAGAGCUGAGGAUCAGAUCAAAGGCCAGAAACUUCAGAAACUGCAGUUCCUGAAUGCAAAGAGAGAACAAGCCAAAGAUGACCUGAAGGGUCUGGAGGAGACAGUGGCCAAAGAGCUUCAGACGCUGAACAACCUUCGCAAAGUCUUCAUCCAAGACCUCGGCAGUCGAGUCAACAACAGUUCAGAGAACGACUGUGAUGAGGCAGGCGGCAGUCUGGCUCAGAGACAGAGGAUCAUCUUCUUAGAAAAUAACCUGGAGCAGCUCAGCAAGGUCCACAAACAGCUUGUGCGGGACAAUGCAGACCUUCGCUGCGAGCUACCCAAGUUAGAGAAGCGUCUACGGGCCACAGCAGAGCGAGUGAAAGCUCUGGAAGCUGCCCUGAGAGAUGCCAAGGAGUCGUCCGUAAGGGACCGCAAACGCUACCAACAGGAAGUGGACCGCAUCAAAGAGGGUGUUCGCUCCAAGAACGUCUCCAGGAGAGGACACUCUGCUCAGAUAGCCAAGCCAAUCAGAGCCGGACAUCAGCAUCAUCAGCACCCAUCCUCCUCUCCAUCCAUCAGGCUGGCCAUCCGAGGAGGAGGGGUGAGGUCCAGUCCACGUCAUCAGUCUCCCCGACAGCCACCACCUCAUCAACCACAACAACAACCCCAUCAGAGCCACAUCAA